AUGCUGCGCGUCCGGGGAAUUUCAGGUGAAGAGCUUGCCGCACUUCCUGUGGAGGAGUUCAGCGACGUGCGUGCCUUGAAGAAGCAUCUGCACGCACAGCUUGGCUUUCCACCUCGCUUCAGGAUGGUGCCAAAUUUGGCGCCCCUGGACCUGCAGCUGGUUUUGCUGACUUUCAUCGAGGCGUCUUUGAUGCAAAGGGAGGAGCUGCUGGAUGCAGCGAGAAUCGGCGAUGCAGUCUGGGUGGAGAGCCUGUUGCAACUUCCCAUGAAUCCCAAUCAGGUUGAUGAUGUUGACGAUCCGCCUUUGUUGACUGCAUCCGCCUAUGGCCACGCUGUGGUCGUGGAUUUGCUGUUGGAAGCAGGUGAAGACGUGAACGUGGUUGGCUUCAACAGCAACAAUGCACUCAUUCAUGCAGCAAUGCAUGACGAGCCUGAAGUUGCACGUUUCCUCUUAGUGGCUGGGGCCGACCCAGACCAAACCAACGACGACGGCGAGACAGCUCUGACAGUUGCAUCGCGGAAUGGCUCCGUCGAAGUAGCACGAUUGCUGGUGGAGGCCGGUGCUGAUAAGAACACGGUGAAUUUGAAUGGCUUUACUCCUCUUCAUGUGGCGUCUUACGAGAACAGCGCUGAUAUUGUGCGCCUCCUGGUGAAGGCACAUGCUGACACCAACGUGCUUGACGACGAGGGCUGCACUGCUUAUGAUAUUGCAUCUGUAGAGGGACACGCUCAGAUCGUGAGUAUGCUGCGUAGGAAGCAGCGCCGUGUGAAUAAAACACGAGCGAGACGCAAACACGGACGACAC